GGUUGCAGUUGGGGUGAAGCUUACCUGAGAAUACCAUGCGCCAUGGCCCCAGCCAGCAAGAGCACAGGUCAGGAGGACUCCGGUUGGUGCUACGAGGAGACUGACAGCGAUGAAGUGGUUGACGAGCAUCGCGAGACCCUGCUGAACGAGCUGCAGCUGGCGCGGUUGGAGGAGCCGAGCACCAUUGACGGGCUGAGAGACUGGGUGUUAGAUGCCGCGCCUUUGGUAGACGAGCUCUUCCAGGCCCUUACUGCGAAGAGCAGCGGUCUACAGCGCUUCCGUGCUGUGAUUGCCGAGGCAGCGCGGAACUUGAACGAGGAGCUUUGGCAGGAGUUCUGGCGCCGCCCCUUGUCGACGACGCACAGAGAGGACAAGCUGGUCUUCAGCCGCCUACUGGCAGAUGCCGAGCCUCUUUGGCGCAAGCUCAUGGGAACGGAGGACAGGAUGUUUUCAAAGAAGCGCAGCGCUCAGGGAGAGAUAAAGGAGUACCUCUACAUCGGCACGCGGCCUAGCAGAGGCACAAAGCGCCCCAGCAGAGAAAUGGUGGAGUUCUUCCGCGAGAAAGGCUGGAGAAUUCGCGUCCAGCCGCCAGUUUCUCCAAAGCCGCUGGACCCGCAAGCUGGCGAAGAUGGCCACCCCGGCAGCCAGCUGGUGAUCGUGGAUCUCACUUUCCCUCCGGCUGGGCAGGAGUGCCCUGAGGACCAGUUGACCAACGACACGGAUUUGGAAGAGCCCUCUGAGUUGCCCUCCGACGCGCUCGACGAGAUGCCCGACGUGCAGGAAGAGAGCAGAACCAGCUCGCACGCUUCCGAGGCUCCACGCUCAAAGUCAAGCAAGAGCUCACAGCUCCCGGACCCCAUGGAAGGACUGGAGUCUUUCGAUGCCCCGAUGGUGAACCUGCCGCUUCACUGCAGCGGUUUCGGGAAGAUCGGGAUGUCGCGCAGCGAGGGAGUGCGGAGGCGGCUGCAAGCCGUCCAGGCUGCCCUCGCGCAGGGCCUCCGGUGCCUCGCGCCGGGCGGGGCCUUCGUGGUGUCCUGGUCAGGGCUUCCGGUGCAUCCCUUGGUGCCCUUUGUGGCCUCGAAGCUGCGCCCGGGCUUCCUGCGGCUCCAUGUGCUGGCACCCCCAGGGGAGAAGACGUUCGAGACCUACUUCCUGGGCGUCGAGUACAACUACGAAGGCCAUCCAUCUCGACCAGACCCAGUCCAAGAAUAUCCUCCUCCCCCGAACUCAGGCAUCGGUGGCACAGAGCCCGCAGACAUCUCCAAGUUCGACUUCCUCACCUGGCUGCGGAGCCCCUUGCGGAGCUGGUGCUCCGGCUACGACGACGCAUUGGCGUGGACCAUCUCGCAGACCCACAAGCUGGAAGAAGAGUGCCUGCCCAAGUACCAGGAGUCUGAAACGGCUCCCCGCCUGGACGCCGCCUAUGACCGUCCCUGGCUGACACAACCAGGUGAUGCCAAGAAGGCGCGCUCCGGACCCCUGGAUUCAGAGGCGCGCUGCGACGAGAUGUGGUCCAUCUACUCGGAGAAGUUGCGGCUUUUGGCUGACUCCAUCCUGGAAGAUUGCAUUCGCCCAUCCGUAUUGCCUGACAAGCCGCCCUACCGAACGAAUGCGACCACCCGCUGGGACUUGGCUGCUGCACGGGGGCCAUUGGAUCCGCACAUGAUGAGGAGCAGCUCCAAGGCCCCACGAAAGGCGUCCAAGGAGCCGCGCUCCAAGUCCAAGAGCAGCAAGGGCAAAGCGGAGAAAGAGCCGGGCAGCGCGGCGCCGACCGCGUCGCCCGCGUCGCCCGCGUCGCCGGCUGCGCCCACGGCUUCGAUGGCUUGGCCGGCUUCGCCAGCUUCGCCAGCUUCGCCAGCUUCGCCAGCUUCGCCUUUGGUUGAAACAGCUCCAGAGGUGCCAAGGGAAAGGCCGGAAGAGGCAGCAGCCGGCAAAGCAGAAGAAGCUCCUGCGGCUGGUGCGGCGGCAGAAGCAGCUCCUGCGGCUGGUGCGGCGGCAGAAGCAGCUCCUGCGGCUGGUGCUGUGGCAGGUGAACCUCCCGCGGCUGGUGCUGUGGCAGAAGCAGCUACUGCGGCAGGAGCAGCGGCUGAGCCUGCAUCAGGAAGAGGCGCAGCAAAGCCCGCCUUUGCCAGGGCGAGCAAAGAGAAGAAGCAGCCGGAGUGGUGGCAGCCACCGCGAGUACGGCCUGCACCGCUGGCUGGCCGGAAACAAGACACGAUGUGGAUGAGCUCCACUUUGGGGGGUGCCCCAGGCAUUGGGCCUGACUUUAUGGCGCUCGUGAAGCGCAGUCCCUUGCUGGGCGGGGCCUUGGAGAAGCUCAUGCAAGUCGAUGACAGGAAGGUGCUUCCGGACUUGUAUCGGGCUGCCUGGCCAUCCCCGGAGUCGUCUCCGUACCAGGCGAGGAGGCCGAUGUCAAAGAGCAGCAGCAGACCACGCAGUGCAGCAUCCUCCGCUCUGCUCUCUGAGCCCAGGCAAUCGCCGGGCCACAGCAAGCAACCGCCGGGCCUGGAGCGUUCCGCCUCCCUGCCGCGGCCGAACAGCACCUCGAGCCGGCGACGUGUCGAUGCCUUGGCUGGACCCGUGCCCACGGAAACAAGGCCGCAUUCUGCAGCGCACCUGGGCCCCAAGAAGGGGCGCAAGGGCAAACGCUGAACC